AUGGCGAGCCAACAUAUAGGUAGUGUGCCCAAACUGAGUGAUGGGUACAGUUUUGACGAAUGGCUUGAACUUCUAGAAGCAUGGUUUGAUGCUAACAAUAUACAAGAAGAUGGGAAAAGAAGGGCGAUAUUUCUGACCAAUCUUGGUAGCAAGAGCUAUCACAUUCUCAGAGCUCUCUUGCAGCCGAGCAAACCAAUAGAUCAAACAUACACAGUAUGCAAAAACACGCUUACGUCACACUUCGUACCAAAGCCUACCGAAAUUGUUCAGCGCUAUAGGUUUUACACUUGUGUGCAACAGCAAGAUGAAUCCAUACCGCAAUUUGUGGCAAAUUUGCGCCAAUUAAGCGAAGGCUGUAAUUUCAAAGAAUUAGAUAACAUGAUUAGGGACCGCUUAGUAGUGGGUUGCCGGGAUAUCGCAAUUCAACGCAAGCUGUUAAGUGAGUCAUCCCUAACCUUACAACAUGCACUUCAGACCGCCACAGCUAUGGAGGUAGCAGACAGAGAUGUUGAAAAGCUCAAGGUAUUGAGUAAAGGGACCGAGUCACCUACAGUUCAGAAGAUGCAGGGCAGAAGCCAGCGUAAACCAUUUGUGUCCUCAUCGCGUAAAAAUACACAUCAAAGACAGAAGCAGGAAGUGCAGGAAAAGCCAAGCCAAAAGAAACAGGAAAAACCUGCCUCAAGAUGUUGGAGAUGUGGUUCAGGUGAUCAUGGCCAGUCAGCAUGUAGAUUUAAGGAUGAUAAAUGCUAUCAGUGUUCUCAAGUGGGUCACACCCGCAGCCAGUGUGAGAAGAUCAAGCAAUACAGAUCUAGAAAGAAAUCUGCAAACCACUUGAAUGGUGAGGAAGGUGCAGAACUGACAGAAAACAUGCCUAGUGGAGAACUCAGACACCUUAGGGGUGGAAUGGUAAACAAGAUGGCAAAGUACAGUGAACCGUUCCAGACUAGCCUUAGCCUAAAUGGGAUCCAAGUCAACUUAGAAAUAGACACAGGAAGCCCCUGGACGAUGAUGUCGCAGCAGGAUUUCCAUAAACUGGGACAUCGAGCUGAUGUGAAGCAAACAAAUGUUUCCUUGAAAACAUACACAGAGUCAUCAGUACCAAUCAUUGGUGAGGCAAUGGUAGAAGUCAAGUUUGAUGCCAGCCAACCACCAAAGAAGUUGACACUUCUUGUAGUUGAGAAAGGUGUUGCGUUACUGGGCCGAGACUGGAUGCAAGCCGCACCAGAAGGAAUCUACAGAUUCCUACAGAAUCGCCUCAACCUUCAAACACAUGUUUCCAACAAUCCAGAAACCGUGCAUAAGAUACAAGCUACCUUACAAGACAUGUUAGUGAAGCACAAGCAAGUGUUUGACUGUUCAAAAGUUGGUAAACUUGAAGGCUACCAGGCAAAGGUGCAUCCUCAAGAUGAUGGAGAUAAAGCCAGGUUCUACAAAGCUGCACCAGUCCCAUAUGCAAUGCGCCAGAAAAUUGACGAAGCCAUUGAUGAGCUACAGGACCAAGGCGUGAUUGAGCCGGUGAAGUUUGCUGAUUACGCAUGUCCUAUCGUAGUGGUGAAGAAACCAAAUGGUAAAGUCCGCAUCUGUGGCAACUAUAAGUUGACAGCAAAUAAAGUUCUAAGGGUGGAACGGUACCCAAUUCCGUCGCUCCAGGAUAUGCUCCAGGACUUAGGUGGAGGUCAACAGUUCAGCAAGCUUGACCUUUCACAUGCAUACCACCAGAUAGAACUUGAUGAACAAGCAAGGAAGUACACCACAGUAAAUACACACAGAGGACUUUUUCAGUACACUAGGUUACCCUUUGGUAUAGCCACAGCCCCUGCGCUCUUCCAAAGAGCAAUGGAGUCACUCUUAGCUGACAUACCAAUGUGUCGCCCGUACCUAGAUGAUAUUAUAGUUAGCGGGAAGACAGAUGAAGAACACAUUGCCAACUUGCAAGCUGUACUGCAUUGCUUAGAGAGUAAUGGACUUCGACUGAAAAGGGAAAAGUGUGAGUUCAUGAUGGACUCGGUGGAGUUCCUUGGCCACAAGCUGGAUCAACAUGGAGUUAGCCCACUCCCAGACAAGAUAGAAGCCAUAAAGAAGACUCCAAGACCACAGAACCAGAGUCAACUGCAGGCAUACCUAGGACUUCUGGGCUACUAUCGGAAGUUUAUACCAAAUUUGACCAAAGAGAUCGCCCCACUAUUAACACUGUUGAAGGCAGAAUAUGCUUCAGUUCCAAAGAAGCCGGGAGACCGGAACAAAGCAGAUCCAAACCUGAAGUGGGGAGGAGACCAAGAAAGAGCCUUCCAGAAGUCAAAGGAACUGGUUCAGAGUGACACAGUGUUGACACACUAUGACCCCAGUAAGCCUUUGUUGUUGCAAUGUGAUGCAAGCCCCUAUGGUCUAGGUGUAGUCCUCAGCCAUGUAGGAACAGACGGUCUAGAGCAGCCCAUUUCUUUUGCAUCACGCACGCUCACCAGAAGUGAAGCAAAUUACGCCCAAUAUGAAAAAGAAGGACUCUCUGUCAUUUUCGGUGUAAAGAAAUUUCACAAGUACCUGUACGGAAGACGAUUUACAAUCGUCACAGACCACAAGCCGCUGUUAGGCAUAUUCGGUGACACCAAACCUGCAAGCCCCAUGGCCUCUGCAAGGUUAGCCAGGUGGCACAUGAUCCUCUCAGCCUACGAAUAUGACAUCAUAUACAAGGAAGGUAAACAGCACCAGAAUGCAGACGCGCUAUCACGCCUACCCUUGGCAGAUGAUCAAACAGUGUGGUCGCAUCAGAGUCUUGCAGAGCUGGAUGAGCAGCCUCCAGUUCAAAUCAAUAUGCUGGAUAUUGACACAAGGCCAGUUGAAGCCGAUGAAGUCAGAAGAAUCACCAAAAGGGAUCCUGUUCUCGCAAGAGUAACAGCCUAUGUGAUGAAUGGAUGGCCAAACCCCAAGAACGUUCCACCAGAGCUCAAAGCCUUUGCGCAGAAGAAGGAGGAACUCUCGAUUGAGGAUGACAUCAUAUUAUGGGGGCAUAGAGUGGUCAUUCCAGACAACAAGCAGAUGAGACAAAGAAUCCUUGAUGAACUUCAUGGGACUCAUCCAGGCAUAGUCAAGAUGAAAGCACUUGCACGAUCCUUUGUAUGGUGGCCAGGCAUCGACAAAAUGUUGGAAGAGAAGGUGAAGACCUGUACAACUUGUCAGGAGCACCAGCGAAGCCCACCACCUGCCCCUAUCCACCCAUGGGAGUUCCCAGAACGUCCCUGGAGUAGGAUCCACAUCGAUUACGCCUACAUCGAUAACCAGAACGUGCUGAUUGUUGUUGACGCAUACACCAAGUGGAUUGAAGCUAUUAGAGUAGCACACGCCACUGCAGCUGCUACAGUCACUGCCAUGCGACGCCUUUUUGCAACGUAUGGUAUUCCAGAAACAGUCGUAAGUGACAACGGCACCCAGUUUGUCUCUGAAGACUUUUCGAACUUCCUGUUCAACAACAAUGUAGAACAUGUGCAAACAGCCCCAAAACACCCUUCCAGCAAUGGCCUUGCGGAAAGGGCUGUGCAAACCUUGAAAAGUGGAGUUAAGAAAACCAGUGGAACAUCAUUGGAGAUGCGCAUCCAAGUAUUCCUAAUGACCUAUCGGAUAACUCCACAAGGAACUACCAUGAAAACACCAAGUGAACUAAUGUUCAAAAGGAGGAUCAGAAGUAGAAUGGAUCAUGUCCGUCCGAACCUGCACAAGUCGGUUCAGAAGCAGCAAUCUGCAAUGAAACAGGCGGCAGACAAGCGCUCAAAGAUGAGACAGUUCAAGUUGAAUGAUACUGUUCUGGUGAAGAACUUUGCAGCCGGACCAACUUGGCUCAGAGGAAUAGUAACCGAAAAACUCAAUGAAGUCAUGUACGUGAUAGAGUUACAGGAUGGUAGAGAGGUACGCCGCCAUGUAGAUCACAUUAGACUUUACACUAUAUCGCAUGGAAAUGAUCAUGACAAGGAAGAAAUGCCUGAUCAGAACACCAAUCUACAACCAGAGAUUCUGAUUCAACAGACGCAGUAUCCAAGCCAGACAACAGAAAAUCCCAAUAUGGCACCUAGUACUAGCGAAUCCUUAAUUUCAAACACUGAACAGAGUAUCGCUGAUACUACAGCCAUGUCACAGCAGGUCCAAACAGAGUCACUAAAUUAUGGUGGUGAAGCCCUCUAUGACAUGGGUAUGUACAUGGUCUAUAUGACCACACUGAUCUUCACUGGAGUUGCACCGAUAUCAUCUAUAACAAGAGGGGUCCUCAAUGAUGACGGAGUAGAUGAGAUGUACACAACUGUGAUGACGUUUCGUAACAACACUAUGGCAACGCUUUCAUGUACAAUCACAGCAGACUAUCCAAAUGAAGUCUUUAUCAGCGGCACGAAAGGACAUCUCAAGAUUCCGGGUCAUUUCUGGGCUCCCACUGAGCUGAUAUGGACCACUGGAGAACUCAUCGAAACGUUUCAAUAUCCUACACCAGAAUCUACGGCGGAAUAUUCUUAUGGACCUCUUUGGUCUGGUAUGUUAUACGAAGCAGAUGCAGUGAAGCAAGCUAUCGAUGAAGGUAUUCAAUAA